UAUUUGGUUGAAAACAUGUAAUGAUUGCAUAACAUAUUGCCAUCACUUAUACAUCUUAUAUUGGGAUCAAUUGCUUCAUCUGUGCCAUCGAUGCCAUGGAUUCUCGAUGUGAUGUCCGAUGUGUUGAAUGCGAUGAUAGCGUUGUCAUUGAGUUUGUCUAUACUAUAGACACCACUUCUCAGCGAUCUUUUCACUUCAAACGCGACAAAAACGAGACUUUGAGGCAAACAUUCGCCAGAAUUGCGUUGAAUAUCAACAAGUCUUUGAAGAAGAAGACAAAGACUAAGUCCAAGACCACCGCUCAAACCGAUGCCGACGCCGUUGACAUCCAUCUGAUCAGCGAUGGGGUCAGUGUUUCUCAAGACUCGGCCAACACUCAUGUCUGGAAAUCAGGGCAAACUCUUGUGGUGGGAGUGAAUCGAUAUAAUGUCUUCGUGAACGCGCCGACAGUUAAAUGGAUGCGAUUACUCAAAGUGUUGAUGUCUUCGUUUAAAAUCUAUCCAAUCAUUUCACUUGAAUUUUGUUCACUUAAUGAAUGCCAAUACUAUUGGUUUCGGGAAUCGAUUCAAACAAUUAAUAGUACUGUCGUUGAGAUGGGAACCGAUAAACAGACAAAACAAACGGCCAAAGACUCUGAAAAUAGUGAUUGGGUUUUAGUUGGAGAAGGAUUUUAUUACGAGACCACUAGUGAUGAUAUCGGCUCUAAACUCAAAGUGGUUUGUCAUCCGUUGAAUGGCAGACAAUGCGAAGCCAUUUCUGAGAAUCCGAUUGAAGCGAAUCCCGGUUUGUGUCCAUUUGAAGAGAGGACUAUGUUUUGCCAAAAUGCUGUCAAUUUUGGCUCAUUUCGUAUCGUUUCGUACAAUAUAUUGGCCAACAUUUACGCGGAUCAGGACUACACCCGAACCGUACUCUUUCCAUACUGUCCUCCCUAUGCGCUCGCAAUUGAUUAUAGAAAACAAUUGUUGCUAAAAGAGAUCACCGGAUAUAAGGCAGACAUCUAUUGUUUGCAAGAAGUGGACAAAUUAGUCUUCGACGCCGAUCUCAAACCAAUUAUGUCUUCUUUGUAUGAAAUCAAUUCUAAACCAAAAUAUGAAUCCAUUUUUAGCGAAAAGGGAAAUACAGGCGAAGGUUUGGCCGCUUUUGUCAAUACAUCCAAAUUUGAGAUAUUAAGUGCCGAAACUGUCUGUUUGUCUCAAGAACUCCAAACAAAUCCAAUUUUUGCACAAUUAUUAAGUGAUAUUAGCGUUAAUGAGAAACUAUUGGACCGAUUAAUGGCCAGAUAUUCGGUCAUUCAAUGCAUUCUCUGCAUGAGUUUAGAGGACAACAAUCGGGCCAUACUUUUAGGCAAUACUCACCUAUACUUUCAUCCCGACGCCGACCACAUCCGACUCAUUCAGUCUUAUAUUUAUGUUAAAUAUAUUGAAAACAAAAUCAAAAUAUUAUCAAAAAAGAGGCCAGAAUUGAAAGUCUCGCCAAUACUUUGCGGCGAUUAUAACAGUUGUCCAGAAUUUGGUGUUUUCCAGUUAAUGACCACCGACUCGGACGAGACAAUCGAUGGCAUUGAUAUGCAUCACAGCUUAAGUCUGGACAGCGCUUGUGGUCAACCGGUUUACACCAAUUACACGCCCGGUUUCAGCGGUUGUCUCGACUAUAUAUUCUUCGAUACGAAUCAAUUAGAAGUGUCUGAAGUGAUACCAAUGCCAAGUCAUGAACAGGUGGUCCAGAAUAUGGGUCUUCCGAGUAUUGUCUUCCCUUCAGACCAUUUGGCACUCAUUUCAGUACUUAAAUGGAAAACAUGUUAACAUUCAA